UCCCCUCCCCUUCCCGGUCCUCUUUCUGUCUCCGCCCCCUCGCGCCAAGGAGGCCUUGCCGCUUUAAGAGAGCGGCUGGCGAUUGACAGCAAUAAACCCCGAGCGCCGGGCUGCGCUGGAGUCUCUGGGAGCAAGGGGCUCCCCGAAGCCCAGGAGAGACACUUCAGAGCCCUCGCUGACGUCACCAUGCCAGUUGCCGCCACCAACUCCGAGUCUGCCAUGCAACAAGUCCUGGACAACCUGGGAUCUCUCCCCAGUGCCACGGGGGCCGCAGAGCUGGAUCUGAUCUUUCUUCGAGGCAUUAUGGAAAGUCCCAUAGUCAGAUCCCUGGCUAAGGCCCACGAGCGGCUGGAGGAGACAAAGCUGCAGGCUGUGCGGGACAACAACUUGGAGCUGGUGCAGGAAAUCCUGCGGGACCUGGCGCAGCUGGCCGAGCGCAGCAGCACCGCCUCGGAGCUGGCCCGCAUCCUCCAGGAGCCCCACUUCCAGUCCCUGCUGGAGACACACGACUCCGUGGCCUCAAAGACCUAUGAAACACCACCCCCCAGCCCUGGCUUGGACCCCACCUUCAGCAACCAGCCGGUACCUCCGGACGCCGUGCGCAUGGUGGGAAUCCGCAAGACCGCAGGAGAGCACCUGGGCGUGACAUUUCGCGUGGAGGGCGGUGAACUGGUGAUCGCACGCAUUCUGCAUGGGGGCAUGGUGGCUCAGCAAGGCCUGCUGCACGUGGGCGAUAUCAUCAAAGAGGUGAACGGGCAGCCGGUGGGCUGCGACCCCCGGGCCCUGCAGGAACUUCUGCGCAGCGCCAGCGGCAGCGUGAUCCUCAAGAUCCUGCCUAGCUACCAGGAGCCCCAUCUACCCCGCCAGGUAUUUGUUAAAUGCCACUUUGACUAUGACCCAGCCCGAGACAGCCUCAUCCCCUGCAAGGAAGCAGGCCUGCGCUUCAAUGCCGGGGACUUGCUUCAGAUUGUGAACCAGGAUGAUGCCAACUGGUGGCAGGCUUGCCAUGUAGCAGGGGGCAGCGCUGGGCUUAUCCCCAGCCAACUGCUGGAGGAGAAGCGGAAAGCUUUUGUCAAGCGAGACCUGGAGCUGACCCCAACCUCGGGGACCCUCUGUGGCAGCCUUUCAGGAAAGAAAAAGAAGCGAAUGAUGUAUUUGACCACCAAGAAUGCAGAGUUUGACCGCCAUGAGCUGCUCAUUUAUGAGGAAGUUGCCCGAAUGCCCCCGUUCCGCCGGAAAACCCUGGUGCUGAUUGGGGCGCAGGGUGUGGGCCGGCGUAGCCUGAAGAACAAGCUCAUCCUGUGGGAUCCAGAUCGCUACGGCACCACAGUGCCCUACACUUCGCGGCGACCCAAGGACUCGGAGCGCGAAGGGCAGGGCUACAGCUUUGUGUCCCGUGGGGAGAUGGAGGCCGACAUCCGCGCUGGGCGCUACCUGGAACAUGGCGAGUAUGAGGGCAACCUGUACGGCACCCGGAUCGACUCCAUACGGGGCGUGGUUGCCUCCGGCAAGGUGUGCGUGCUGGACGUCAACCCCCAGGCGGUGAAGGUGCUGAGGACGGCCGAGUUUGUCCCUUACGUGGUGUUCAUCGAGGCCCCUGACUUUGAGACCCUGCGGGCCAUGAACCGGGCCGCACUAGAGAGUGGAGUGUCCACCAAGCAGCUCACGGACACUGACCUGCGGCGGACAGUGGAGGAGAGCAGCCGCAUCCAGAGGGGCUACGGGCACUACUUUGACCUCAGCUUGGUCAACAGCAACUUGGAGAGGACCUUCCGGGAGCUCCAGGCCGCCAUGGAGAAGCUGCGGACAGAACCCCAGUGGGUGCCCGUCAGCUGGGUGUACUGAGAGCCUUGAUCUGGACGUUGGCUGGCUGACAUCUAGAACGUAAAUUCACUCCCUUCCCCGCACCUGGGACCCUGGCCACGAUCUUUAGCCCCCAUGUCUGGCUCUCUCUGGAUCAUGCAGUUCCCAGCAGGCACUGCAGCUGGGUUCAGUGCAGAGGCAGGCGAGUUGUCCGCGGGGUGUCUCUGUGCUCAGGUGCUACCCACACCCCUCCCGAUGUCCACUGGCCACCAAUGUCCCUCUCUCUAAGGGCUGAGCUGUGCCCAGAAGUGUCCCAGAGUCACUCCCCAACCCCCAUAAUGCUUAUUCCCAAGAAGAGCAAAGCUGUCUGGGGAGCUGUAGUCAGUGGGUAUAUAUGGUCCCUGGCAGCUUUGUCUCGUCUGGACUGGCCACACCCACCCCGAUCCUGGACUCCCCUCUCCUCUUACCAUAGUCCUAGGAACAGCCUUGAGCCGUUCCUGUGUGGCCAGGGGAGUCCUCGGCCCACUGGUAGCCAGGCGGACCCGGGUAAUGGUGCCAAUCUGGGCCAUCUUGGAGACCGGAGGAGCCAUGCUGCAGCUGGGUGGCACAGCCUGCAGCUCUGCCCGGAGCGAGUGAGGCUCCAUCCCUCGCUUCAUCCUCAGCUUCUCACUGCCGAAGUCUUUGCAGACUUCCCCAAUAUGCCCCUGGCGGAUCAACCCUGCUCCCAAACAGGGAGAGGCUGGCACAGGACGGCGAGCUCAGCCCAAGUUGGGAGACGGGGUUGGAAGGCUGAGCUCUCUGGUGUGGGGACCGCAGCGCCCCAGGCUUCACGGCCCGUAGUGAGGACACGCUGAGCUGUGUCCAUGAGCAUCUCUGGGUGAUGGAUCUAGGUGGCUCAUUGGCGUUAGGGGCUAAGGAGGCGUGUGUGCAGAACUGUGAAGCUGGGUUUGGAAACACACAGGUGCGCGCUAGCAGCUACUCGCCACAGGCUCCAGGGGCCGCUAUCCGCACUGCUGGCUGGGCGGCCUGUUUCUGACCCUGUGUGAGAGAGAGACAGAGAGAGAGAGAGAGAAAAAGAGAGAGAGAGUAUGUGCUUGGUUUGAGGGAGCAGAGACAAAGGGUUGUUUUCUUUAGAAGGUAACUCUUUGGGGACCCUUUAUGGAUCUCCUGUCAGCCCUGGGUUUCUUAACAAGGCCCUUAUCUCAGCCCCUGGGCGCUCCCCAGACAUCUUCCUCGGCUCUCUAUCAUCCCCCAUCCUAAAUACCACCCUUCAGCCCUUGGGGAGGGUGAUCUUGUAAAACAGGAGAAUCCUCUUAAGAGAAGAAUCCUGUCCUAGACAUUCCAAGGCGUCUAUGUCAUCCCUCACCCUCUUCCUGAGGGGGUGCCUGUCCCUACAAGGGUCUCCCCCAGUUCUCCCCCUUUCUGUGCCUCCCAGCUCUUCUGUCAGUGAGUCUACGCUGCAGAGUCAGCCAACACUGACCCCUGAACCACUGUGUGCCCGUUUCCUAGGGAAGGGGAGGGAGAAUGAACAGAAUAUUUAUUACAAAUGCUAGAAAUAUAUUUAUUAUAUUAGGAAGCUCAUUUGCAUAGGAUGUGCCAAUGGGACUAGAGGUCAAGCCUGAUCCCAGCUCAUCUGCAUAGCUCUGCAUAUACGAUGCAGCCAUCUUCAUAGUCUUUGUUUCUCCUUUAGUUACUGUCCUGUCCUUGGUUCAACAUGCCCUCCCUCACCCUCAGUCUGAGGGGACUGGGAGGGAAAUGGACCAUUUUCCAUUCACUACAACAUGGACUUUAUCUGCCAGUUCUCACCUCCCCUGGAGGACUUGGGUGCAGAGGCAGGGAAGGGUCUGUUAUGACAGCUCCAUCACCUUGGUUAACCCACAAAGCUCCCCCUUCCACAAGAUCUUUACUCUUUGAUGGGGAUCAGGUAGGUACCAUACUGGAAAAUUGGCAUGAGCCCUUCCCUGUGGUGGUAGUCCCAACACCUUCCCUUUGGUGUUGCCCAAGUGGCAGGGCUGGGCCCCUCCUCUCUGAACAGCCUCCUACCUCUCCCGCAGAGCCCCACUAUGCUCCAGGUACCCAUCAGGUGAGAGCAGAGGCCCUGGGCCGCCUCAGCUCGCCUGGCACAGCGCUGAGUUGUAGGGUGUGCUUGCUCACCAAGUUAGCUCUUUGAUUCUGUCCUCACUGUGGGCUCUUGUGUUUUGGGGACCUCGGGAGAAUGCGGACCCUGUCCAUAGUCCACCGGCGCCCAGUUGCCCUUCCUCUCUCCCCUUUCCCAGCCAUCCAGUUCUUAAGCUUUCUCUCCAGGUUUCUUUGUGUUCCUUUGAUUAAAUGUGAAAGCAAAUGUU